AUGUUCCACGAACCAUUUUAUUUAUUAUUUAAACCUACUUUCGAUCUAGCAAUUGGGGACAUUGUAAUGGAGGGAAAAUUUGAAAAGAUUCGUAUUCAGAUUAACUCUAAACUGGAUAAUCAGAAACAAAUUGCUCAGCUACUGUUGGCCGUUGAACAAACGAUCAAAGAGCAGAAUGUUGCCGCCACAGCGACUGCAUAUUUUGGUGCACUAAUGACAAUCCUUGAUCAAACGUCACAAAACGAAAAGGCCAAAGAGCUGCGUGGACCGAUCUUGUACAUUUUGAAUAUGGUAUUACCCGAACUGCCGCAAGCAAUAUUGCGCAAUAAGUUCAAUGAAAUAUGGUCAAUAUUAUCACAAGUCUUGGAAGAAAAGGAGAUAGAAGCUGCUAUGCUCAGAUCGGUUGCAGGGUGUCUGGAAAGUCUCCUCCUCGUCCAAGAUGCGCAAAAAUGGAAUGAUUCAUUAGCUAGGAAGGCAUUUACAUCUUUGCUGCUACUCUCUGUGGAUCGCAGGCCCAAGCCACGAAAGAGAGCGCAAGAUGCCGUAAUCAGUAUUCUGAAUCAUCCUCCGGUAUCAUCUGUUCUCCAUCCAGCCGCUGGAAUGGCGUCAGAAUAUUGUUUGAGGAUUUUGAAAACCAACGUAAAGUCAGAUAGACAAUCGGCGAUGCAUAUACUUUCGCUCGUCAAGGCAAUUGCUGGAAAUUGGCCGGCAAAUGGUCUUACGAUUCUCUGUCAAACUCUGUUGAGCUUACCUAAAUACAAUGACGCCUUUCUUACUGUAUCAACGUUUGAAGUUUUUGAAGCUCUUUUUAGAAAUAAUGGUGAUGGAUUUGCCAACAACGGAAUCGAAGAUAUAAUAAAAUCUUUAGUCAAACUCACGCCAAAUAUACAAGAUGUCCAAGUAGCUCCUGUGUGGUUAGAAGUGGUCUCGAGAGGCUAUGUAAUGUAUUCAAAAGUUGAUCCAUCAUCAAGCGCACAAUCCUUCCAUGAUUUCUUCUCGAUACUGUUUACGCUUGUCGAAUCCGACAAACCAGUUAUAAUAACGGCUGCUUCUCGAUGUCUCGCGACACUGGUGUCUGAAUGCAUAACAGAUGAAAUGGUUAAAGAGACGUUGUCUAAAUCGGACGCUCAACGUGAAAGCACUAUUUUGGCAAAAACUAUUGCAACAGUUGAAGGAGGGUUUUCGAUCAAAUAUCAAGCUGCGUGGGGAGGGAUUUUGAGUAUAUUGAAGACGAUGUUUGAACGACUGGGUAAAUCAUCCAAAGAGCUCUUGUUGCAUCUUUUGGACAGGAUUGCCGAGUUGAGAGUCGAUUCUGCGCUCGGAUUAAAGGAUGUUGCCGACAAGACGCUUGGAGCGGCUAUCACACACGUAGAGCCAGAGCUUUUUUUGAUGGUACUUCCUUUGAACUUGGAGAAUCCUGGAUCAACGGAAAUUGGUCGCGCGUGGCUUUUACCUUUAUUAUUAUUAAAAGAUCAUAUUCAAAAUACCUCUUUGGCUUAUUUUAUACGAGAAUUGCUGCCCAUGAGCGAAAAACUUGCCCAGAAAUCGAUAGAAUUUCAAAGUAAAAAUUGCAUGAUUGAGGCAAAAGCACUCAGAAAGGAAACGGCGGAAAUGUUAAGCACAAAGUUGUACAAGAAACCUGAAUUGCGACAAACUAUAUGUCAAGCACUGAAAUUAUUGGUCGAGAAGAACAAAAAAUUCUUGACUUUUAAAGAAGAUGACGACAAGCUUGGAUACAGAUUCAAAAUGGACAAGACGGCCGCGAAAGCGAACGUUGAGCUACUUUCAAGAUAUGCCCCUAAUUAUCUCGCAGUAUUCUUUAAUGUCUUUAGUCAAUCCUGUCUUGGAAGUCGCGAAUACAUUCUAGACGUUAUCAAUACAUAUUUGAGCAUUACGAGUGCGCAGGACAUUGCUGUUACGUUUCGUAAAGUUAUUCAAUUGUUUAUUGAAGCAUGCGCAGAUCCUGUGCCUUCAACAACAAAACCAGACGAGCCACCACCAACAAAACACGUUAUGCUAGAUUUGGCUAUUACCAUGAUCCCCUACCUGGAUUUACAAGACACCAAACAAUUCUACGACUUGAUUUCGAACCUACUUUCUGAAGAGGACCAUACGCAAAAAAGAAUAUACAAAACCUUUGUCAAGAUGUCGGGGACAGAUAAUGGCAAAAUAGUCAUCACACAAAACCUGGAUGAUCUACAAAAGAAGCUGCUCGCGACGACUGCAUUGGCUGCUGCUCCUGCGAAAAAGGACCGACUGCGUCUAUUGAGUGAGGUUGUAAAGUUACUACCAUCGGAUGAUUUGCAUUUGAUACCCAGUGUGUUGAGCGAGGUCAUAUUAUCGACAAAAGAAGCAAAAAAGAUUCGUGAUGCCGCUUAUGAUUUGCUUGUCGUCAUGGGCAAUAAGAUGAAGGCCGGCGGAGUUGUUGCUAUGCAAGGAGUGGUAGAUCCCGACGAAAUCGUUGAAGAUGCUCCAUCUACAGUAUCCGCAUCUAUCGAUGAGUUUGUAUUUUCCAUGGUUGUCGCCGGACUGGCUGCGACAACGCCGUAUAUGAUGAAUGCAACAAUCGCCUCGCUGUCUCGGUUAAUAUUCGAAUUCAAAGAUGAUUUGGAUACUAGUUUGUUACACAAACUUCUCGACACGGUAGACAAUUUUGUUCGAUGUUCUACCAAAGAAAUUGUUAAAGCUGCUCUGGGUUUUGUAAAAGUAGUUAUCGUCUCGUUGUCUACAGAUUUCCUAACACCUCAUCUUCAGCAAAUAAUCAACGGAAUACUUACCUGGUCACACGAACACAAGGGCCACUUUAAGGUCAAAGUGAGACAUAUCAUUGAGAGAUUGAUUAGACGAUUUGGCUACGAAGCCGUUGAAAAAUGUGUUCCAGAUGAAGACAAGAAACUCUUGAUCAACAUUAAAAAGAGGAAAGAGCUACAGAAAGUACGCCGUCAGGCUUUAACAAGCGCUUACGAAGAUGCUUUAUAUGGAAGCGAGAGUGACUUGGAAGACUCGGCCGACGAAAUCGAAGAGUCUGCUUCCCGCAAACCCACGAAAUCAAAGAAAGACAAAUCAUCUUCCCAGAUAUGGAUCAAAGAGGAAGAAGACAUGCCAGUGGAUUUCCUUGACCGUAGUGUGGUAUCACGUAUCAUGGGAACUAACCCUCGAUCGAUUCGCAAGAAACCGAAAGCAUCAUCAGCGUUUAAAACGACGGGUGACGGCCGUAUGAUAAUUGCAGAAUCCGAUGAUGAAGAUAAUCCUGCUGCCAAGGUCACGUCAGAUGUUACCAUGCAAGAUGUCGAGGAACGAUAUCUCGAAGCUCAGCAAUCCGUUAACGCGUAUACUCGCGGACAGGGGAAUAAAAUAAAAUUCAAAACGAGAAAAAACGACAUGGAUUUUGAUGACGUUGAGCCCAUAGACGCAAUAGCAGUCAGGAAUGCGAAAAAGAAAGAGAAAAAGAUAGUAGUUGGCAAGGAGUAUAGAGCCAAGAGGGCUGCUGGAGAUGUGAAGAAAAAAGGAAAGCCCGACCCGUAUGCUUAUGUGCCCUUAGCUAGCAUAUACAAAAAAGCGGGACAGAAGGGUAGUAAGAUUUCGAUGGUGGCAAAGGGCAGGGUGCAAAAGCGGCGUGCGUAA